CUAUAUAAACGCCGACACCGAGGAGGGGACAACAGAGAGAGAGACUGCAAAAAGAAAGAGAACCUUCUCUUUGUUUUGCACUUCUUUCAUCGCUCAGCUCUUCCUCACUGCUCCUCCUCUUCUCCGACGCCAACGCCUCAACGCCUCAACGCCCAGCAGACCGACACGCAGAAAUGAACGCAGGAGCAGCAGCACCCGGAGGCUCCAAGGCCAGCCCCCCCAAGUUCAAGCAGAAGCUGUCCAGGCAGUUCAAGAGCAAAGCUCCCAAAGCUGGACAGAAGGGAUUCGAUGACGUCCCGGGGAUGGAGGGCCUUGGAGACGUCGAGGUCAUCUGCCCCUGGGAGGCGUUCGGCGACAUGGAGCUGAGUGAUCUGGCCCAGUUCGGCAUCGUCUAGAACCUCCAAGCCAGACGGUUUAUUCCUGGUGGGCUGCGAUCCAGCAGCUUCUCGUUGAGUUCUCCCCCCCGUCGCCGGGCGUGGAGACGAGCCUGGAUGGGUACCAUUUAAGGACAACUGAUGAGUGGAGAGGGAUUUCUCCCCUUCGAUAAGAGGAGGAAGAAGCUCUUGGACGGCAGCCCCCCCGAGAAUGAGUCUUCUUCUGUCCCGGGCCGACACACCUCACCACCACCUGGAAGUUUUAGCAUCUCUCUGAGCUCUAUAUCUAUACUCUUAUAUGUCUUCUGAAUGAGGCUUCAGGGCGUCUCUGUUGUGGCCUUGGCGUCUUGUGACGCCCGGCUGAUGUGUAAAAGUGUCGCUCACUGUACCGCUGCCGGGGUUAAAGGGAUGAUGGGAGAACAACUGGGAACCAUCACAUCCUAACAUCCUAACAUCUUAACAAUGAAAACCCUGAAGUCCAUGUAAUCUAUCUAUCUAUCCAUCUAUCUAUCCAUCUAUCUAUCUAUCUAUCUAUAUGUAUCUAUCCAUCAAGUAGAGCCAUGUUCUGUGUGGUUAACGCUGUAUAUCUUAUAAUAAAAGAGUUUAUGAUCAUU